UGGCAACUGGCCGUUGAUUCAGUACGCAGUCAGCACAUCGGCUGUGAAAAAGCGUUGCGUCAUACGUCUGUUAAAUGCCGUCCGAGAUGACUGUAGUGCGCGUGAAGCAGGGCCUGUUGCGCGGUGUCGUGGACGAGAACGUUUACGGCGAACCGUUCCUGGCGUUUCGUGGCAUCCCGUACGCCAAGCCACCGACUGGACCGCUACGGUUCAAGGAUCCCCAACCACCGGAGCCAUGGACAGGGGAGAGAGAUGCCUCGAAAUUUGGCGACGUAUGUGCCCAAUAUGAUUUUAUGACCAAAGAAGUGAAAGGAAGCGACGAUUGCCUUUACCUGAACGUGUACAAACCGACGUGCGAUGCCCAAAAGAAACGCGCUGUCAUGGUAUGGAUCCAUGGCGGUGCUUUCAUCCUCGGUUCCGGAAACGACGAUAUCUAUGGACCUGACUAUCUAAUACGGAAGGACAUUGUUCUAGUAACGAUCAACUACCGGAUAGGCGUCUUAGGUUUCCUGAACGUGGAGCACGAAGUGGCGACAGGUAAUCAGGGUUUGAAGGACCAAGUGAUGGCUUUGAGAUGGGUGAAGGAGAACAUCUCCAGUUUCGGCGGGGAUCCAGACAACGUUACAAUUUUCGGAGAAAGCGCCGGUUCCGCGUCUAUACAUUACUUAACAAUAUCUCCUUUAGCUGAAGGAUUGUUCCACAAGGCGAUCGCGCAGAGCGGAGUAGCGGUUAAUCCGUGGGCCUGCACAACCUUGGAGCCCAAGCUGCGCGUGUACCAACUUGCUGCGAAACUUGGCGAACAUUCGAUCGUGCCCGAGAACGUGAUCAAGUUCCUGCAGACGGUAGACCCGGUGAAGCUCAUUGCCACCGAAAGGGAAUUUCUCACGCCAAUGCAACGUUUCAUCGAAUUCGGAGUAUUUAUCCCGAGCAUCGACGACAAAUCUCCAAAUCCGUUCAUGCCGGAGCAUCCAUUGGUGAUGUCUCAAAAGGGAGUUCAAGUACCUUUAAUAAUUGGUUUCAACAGCAACGAGGGUUCAUUAUUCCUGGGUCCGUUUGGAAACAGUUAUGGAUUGCCAGUGAACCGUCAAAACGAUACCGAGAAGGACCUCGCGACGAUCAGUGAGAACUUCGGAUUGGUCAUGUUUCUGGAGCUGCAGAAACGACUUGAAAGACGCGGUAUCACUCCGAACGAUGUGAAACGCUUGUACUUUGGCGACAAGCCGAUUCGCAAGGAGAUGAUACAGGAAUACGCGAAUUACGUAAGCGACUCGUUCUUCCUUCAAGGCAUUUACGACGUGAUAGAUAUUCAAACAAAAAAGUCCACGCAACCGACGUACUUCUACAAAUUCGUAUUCGAUACGAAUACGAACUUGAAACUCGCGUACAACAUUACC